AGCACCCCAUUAUCUCUACUCCUGUCAUCACUAGACCCAGCACCCCAUUAUCUCUACUCCCGUCAUCACUAGAUCUAGCACCCCAUUAUCUCUACUCCCGUCAUCACUAGAUCUAGCACCCCAUUAUCUCUACUCCUGUCAUCACUAGAUCCAGCACUCAAUCAUCUCCAGGACCUGCCCUAUCAGCACUAAUCCAGCACUCCAUCAUCUCCAGGACCUGCCCUAUCAGUACUAGACUUAGCCUAACUUGCAUUGAUUCUCAGACCUGGGAUAAAAAGAAGAUGAACGUGUCCAGGGCUCCGUACUGAGUGUCUGCCUCCUCCGAGUGGCUGGAUCAGUCAGCUGUCUCCCACAGACGCCUUCGGCGUCAUGACGGGCAGAGUCAGCUCAUUUCUUACACCCUAGAUCUAUCCAGAGCCAACUCCACCCCCCUUGAAAGUGCUCCCCAAUUUAAGAACUCGGACUUGUUUGAGAUGAUUGAGAAGAUGCAGGGCUGCAGAAUGGAUGAACAGAGAUACUCGCUCCCUCCUCCCCUCAAGACAGAAGAGGACUAUAUCCCGUAUCCCAGCGUCCAUGAGGUCCUUGGCCGGGAGGGGCCCUUCCCCCUCAUCCUUCUGCCUCAGUUUGGGGGAUACUGGAUUGAGGGAACCAAUCACGACCUGUCGCAGGUCCUGGACCCCGGGAACAACCCGUCGCCCAGCGCCAAAGUCAAGCUGGAGAGCAACCACACCGCGCGGCUGUACCGCAAGCACUUUCUGGGGAAGGAACACUUCAACUAUUACUCGCUGGACGCUGCUCUGGGUCACCUGGUUUUCUCCCUGAAGUAUGAUGUCAUCGGGGAUCAGGAGCACCUCCGCCUGCUGCUGCGAACAAAGAACCAAACGUACCACGAUGUGAUCCCCAUCUCCUGCCUCACAGAGUUCCCCAAUGUUGUGCAGAUGGCCAAGCUGGUCUGUGAAGAUGUGAACGUGGAUCGAUUUCAUCCCGUCCUCUACCCAAAGGCCUCGCGUCUCAUCGUCACCUUUGAUGAACACGUCAUCAGCAAUAACUUUAAGUUUGGUGUCGUCUACCAGAGAACGGGGCAGACCACAGAGGAGGAGUUGUUCAGCACCACACAGGAGAGCGCGGCCUUCGUGGAGUUCCUGGAUCUGCUGGGUGAGCGGGUUCUCCUGCAGGACUUUAAGGGGUUUCGGGGAGGUUUGGACGUAACACACGGACAGACGGGGACAGAAUCCGUCUACUGCAACUUCCGAGGAAAAGAGAUCAUGUUCCACGUCUCCACCAAGCUGCCGUAUACCGAGGGCGAUGCCCAGCAGUUGCAGAGGAAACGUCACAUCGGUAAUGACAUAGUAGCCAUAGUGUUCCAGGAUGAGAAUACGCCGUUCGUUCCCGACAUGAUCGCAUCCAACUUCCUGCACGGUUACAUUGUGGUUCAAGUGGAGAAUGCCUGCACCAACAACACUGUAUAUAAGGUCUCGGUCACGGCCCGGGAUGACGUGCCUUUCUUCGGUCCACCACUUCCAGACCCUGCAGUUUUCCGUAAGGGGUCCGAAUUUCAGGAAUUCCUAUUGACUAAACUGAUUAACGCUGAAUAUGCCUGUUAUAAGGCGGAAAAAUUCGCCAAGCUGGAGGAGCGGACGCGCUCUGCGCUACUGGAAACGCUCUACGAGGAGCUGCACAUCAACAGCCAGUCCAUGAUGGGGCUCAGUGGGGACGACGACAAGAUGGAGAACGGCGGCGGUGGCGGGGGGUUCUUCGAGUCAUUUAAGAGAGUCAUCAGGAGCCGCAGUCAGUCCAUGGACGCCAUGGGGCUCAGUAAUAAGAAGCAGAAUACCGUGUCCACCAGCCACAGCGGCAGCUUCGGCCACAACAACCAGGACACGCCAAAGCCGCCAGGAAUAUCAUUGCUUGUGCCAGGGAGAACCCCCGGUCGGCAUGGACGCCGCGGAAGUGCCAUAGGCAUAGGAACCAUAGAAGAGUCGCUGAUCGUCCCCGGAAAAAGUCCAACCAGGAAGAAGUCGGGUCCGUUCAGCUCCCGCCGCAGCAGCGCCAUCGGCAUCGAGAACAUCCAGGAGGUGCAGGAGAAGAGAGAAAGUCCGACCGGCCCCCUGAAGACCCCGGACAGUGGCACCGCCUCCCAGGAGCCGAAAUCAGAGAACUCGUCCACUCACAGCUCUCCGGAACUGCCGACUACGAAGAACAGGAUGGAUUCGGCUUCUAGACCAGAGGCCCUAAGAGAUUUCUCUCGGUCAUCGUCCAGCGCCAGCAGCUUCGCCAGCGUGGUGGAGGAGGGCGAACUAUUGGAUGAGGAAGACACCGGGAUGGAAAGCGUCUCCUCCUCAGGAACUCCUAACAAGCGGGACUCCUUCAUAUACAGCACGUGGCUGGAGGACAGUACGAGCAGCGUCAGCACCGCCAGCGGAGGGAGCACAUCAGGUUUUCCACGCUCUCCGCACCCAGAUGUCCGGAAUAUAAGUGGGGACCCCGCCUUCCCGGAGAUUAAAAUCCAACUGGAAGAAACCGACCCAAAUGCACCCAAUCAGCACCGAAGGCAGAAACUGAGCUAUUUGCGCCAAUCUCCAGUCUUUGAUUCAGCCAAGUGCGACUGACCGAUGGCUUCUGAGGCGAACGUUGCGGCCACCCGGCCCCUUGCAGACGUCUUCUUCCACCGGACUAUACAGACUAUCGAAGAAUGGCUCCAGCAGAUCCUGCGGCCACUCCCUCCGACUCCAGCACUUAAUAAUUCGGGAGGCUGCCCCCCCCUAAUAGUGGUAUGAUCCAUCCAGGGGGAGGGAGGGAUCUGAUGCUGCAGCUCUAUUAGACGACAUGCGCCAGUCAUUACUUAUAUGGCGCUCGCGGCCUGGAUGUGGCGAAUGCCGCGCCGUCUCUCCGUGAUGUGAAGUUCGAUUAAACUCAGGAUGUCAAUCAAAUGCACAAGUUCUCGGACUGGAACUGAAAGGGUUAGUGUACAGCGAGCCCCUCCCCCUCUAUGCAUCGUCUACGGCAUGUCGAGUGUGGUCCUGCGUGUUUCCCCCGUGUGUCCUCAGUAACUCCACGUGUGAUCAUCUUAGAACGAGUCUGCUCCGGGCGGUAAUGUUACCCCUGACCGCGUUUAUGUGACGCUUAUGGGGGGCGGGUGAGGCCCAGCAGUACGACACAUCGCCAUAUGGUAACACUACUACUCCCAUCCUCCCAUCAGUGUAAUGACAGACGUCACCCUGGCGGCACUUCUCAUUGGUCUGUGUGUUGGCAUGGAGGGGGGGGGGACGGGCGCCCCCUCUGCAGUCAGCAUGCUUGGUGUCUGUUCUAUGGACUCGUAGGUGAAGCAUCCAGCUCCCCCUUGUGGCUUCUUGUUGUAAUGACAUCUCCGUUGUCCUCGCGUUUUCCGAAGGAGCGGAGAACGAUAAUCACUAUUUUUCCAUUCGCAGUAAAUAUCGUCUUGAUGUGUAAUUGUCUUUAUGUGUAAAGAAGAGAAUAGAGAAAUGAUUAUUUAUCUGCCAUGAGAUUUGUAAGAAAAAGAAUUUAUGGGAUGAAAAGAAAUAAAAUGAGAACAAAACCC